AUGGCAGACUUUAGCAAACCUCCAUCGAGCUCCCAGCUUACUAUUAAGCCAUUCAAGGCUCAUGUUGAUCAGCAAGCGAUUGACGAUUUCAAGACUUUGCUCAGGCUCUCUCCGGUCUCUAAUGCCACUUAUGAGAACUCUCACCCUUCAGUAGCCGGUCCACGUCGGUAUGGCAUCCCACGAGACUGGCUCAUCAAUGCCAAAGAGCACUGGCUCCACAAAUUCGACUGGAGAAAAUCCGAAGACCACAUCAACAGUUUCCCCAAUUUCACCGCAGACGUCCAAGAUGAUCUCGAAUACCCUCAAACUCUCCACUUCGUCGCCCUCUUCUCCGCCCAAGAAAAUGCUAUCCCUCUCGUCCUCUACCACGGCUGGCCCGGAAGUUUUCUCGAAUUCCUCCCCAUGCUGGAUCUGCUGCGGAAGAAAUAUACACCCGAAACUCUGCCUUACCAUGUUCUCGUCCCCAGUAUUACGGGUUAUGCGUACUCGUCUGGUCCGCCUGGAGAUGUCGAUUAUGCAGGAUAUCUCGCCCAAGGCGGUGAUUUGGGUUCGUUGGUUGUGCGCUACCAGGGCGCCAAUUGUGCGGCGUGUAAAGGCAUGCAUCUCAAUCUUAAUCCGGCGCACCCUCCUGAGAACGCCGAUGAGCUCGAGAUGAGCCAGAUAGAGGCAGAUGCCCUUCCGAGAGCCGCGUGGUUCAAUGAUCAGUGCUCAGCCUACGCCCUAGAACACGGCACCCGCACCUCCACCAUCGGCCACGCCCUCAGCGCCUCCCCACUCGCACUCCUCGCAUGGAUCGGAGAAAAAUUCCUUGAAUGGUCCGAUGAAGACCCUGCACUAGACACCAUCCUCGAAAGCGUCUCCCUCUACUGGUUCACCCACACGUUCCCGCGUUGCAUCUACCCGUAUCGCGGUCUGACGGGCGAUGAUGAGCGGCCGCGAAUUGGCAAAAUGAAGGGGAUGGGGCGCAAGAUGACUUAUGUGGCGAAACCGUCCGGGUAUUCAUUUUUUCCGAAAGAGUUGAUGCCCAUACCUGUGAGUUGGGUAGCUACGACGGCGAAUUUGGUGCAUUCGAAGGUGCAUACUAGUGGAGGACAUUUUGCGGCUAUGGAGAAACCUCAGGAGUUGCUAGAAGAUAUCGAAGAGUAUGCGAAGAAGGCAUGGGAGCUCAAGGCUUAG